UUCUUCUUCUUCUAACUUCCCCUCUGGUGACAGAGGAGAUAAAUAUUAGAGAAACAAAAGUCCAGAAUGCGAAGGCUGCCAUUCUCACUUCCUCUUACCCCUUAACCCAGUGCUGCUUUGAAUAGAGUCAGUGCCCCCGGGCAGUGUGCUGAGGAGAGAAGACGGCAGUGCCUGGGAGGCUGCUCUGACCAGCAGAUACAGAGGGUCAUGCUUUCUCCGGGUCACUUCUGUUCACGGAAAAUGCCAGGAUGAUUCCUCGCAUCCGCCUGGCUGUGGCCACGAUCCCAGCCAUGGCCUUUCUCUCCUGCCUGAGAUCUGAGAGCUGGGACCCUUGCGUGCAGGUGGUUCCUAACAUUAGUUACCAAUGCAUGGAGCUGAAUUUCUACAAAAUCCCUGACAACAUCCCCACAUCAGUCAAGAUACUGGACCUGAGCUUUAACUACCUGAGUCAUUUAGACAGCAAUAGCUUCUCCAGCUUUCCAGAACUGCAGGUGCUGGAUUUAUCCAGAUGUGAAAUUCAGACAAUUGACGAUGAUGCAUAUCAGGGCCUAAAUUACCUUUCCACCUUGAUACUGACGGGAAAUCCUAUCCAGAGUUUAGCCCUGGGAGCCUUUUCUGGACUACCAAGUUUACAGAAGCUGGUUGCCGUUGAGACAAACCUAGCGUCUCUAGAGGACUUCCCCAUUGGACAUCUUAAAACCUUGAAGGAGCUUAAUGUGGCUCACAAUCAUAUCCAUUCUUUCAAGUUACCUGAAUAUUUUUCUAACCUGCCCAACCUGGAGCAUUUGGAUCUUUCUAAGAACAAAAUCGAAAAUAUUUAUCAUGAACACUUGCAGGUUCUACAUCAAGUGCCCCUACUCAAUCUCUCUUUAGACUUGUCCCUGAACCCUUUAAACUUUAUUGAACCAGGUGCCUUUAACAAAAUUAGGCUCAAUGGAUUGACUUUGCGAAGUAAUUUUAAUAGUUCGGAUGUAAUGAAAACUUGUAUUCAAGGUCUGGCUGGUUCAAAAAUCAAUCAGUUGGUUUUGGGAGAAUUUAAAAAUGAAAGGAACUUGGAAAGUUUUGACAAAUCUGUCCUGGAGGAACUGUGCAAUUUGACCCUUGAACAGUUCCGGAUAGCACACUUUGGUGAAUUCCCAGAUGAUGUUUCUGACUUAUUUAAUUGUUUGGCAAAUGCCUCUGUGAUUUCUCUGUUGAGUCUGAAUUUGCGUGGUCUAGAAGCCCUUCCUAAUGAUUUCAGGUGGCAACACUUAGAAGUGGUUAACUGUAAACUUCAACAAUUUCCUGCAUUGAAGUUCAACUCUCUCAAAAAGUUUGUUUUCAAAGACAAUAAACAUAUGCACACUUUUACUGAAAUUAACCUGCCAAACCUUCAGUUUCUAGAUCUCAGUGGAAAUCACUUGAGCUUUAAAGGUUGCUGUUCUCACAAUGAAUUUGGGACAACCAAACUGAAGCAUUUAGAUCUGAGCUUCAAUGAAAUCAUUACCAUGAAGUCAAACUUCAUGGGCUUAGAGCAACUAGAAUACCUGGAUUUCCAGCAUUCCAGUUUGAAACAGGCUAAUGACUUUUCCAUAUUCCUAUCACUCAGAAACCUCCAUUACCUUGAUAUUUCUUAUACUAACAUCCACGUUGUCUUCCGUGGCAUUUUUGCUGGCUUGGUCAGCCUCCAAACCUUGAAAAUGGCUGGCAAUUCUUUUCAGAACAACUUGCUUCCUGAUGUCUUCACAGAUCUGACUAACUUAAUCCUCCUGGACCUCUCUAAGUGUCAACUGGAACAGGUAUCCCAGAGGGCAUUUCAUUCCCUCCCUAGGCUUCAGGUGCUAAAUAUGAGUCACAACAGACUCUUGUUCUUGGAUACACUUCCUUAUAAACCACUCCACUCCCUCAGGAUUCUGGAUUGCAGUUACAAUCUUAUCGUGGCCUCCAAGGAACAAGAACUACAGCAUCUGCCAAGGAGCCUAGCUUUUUUAAAUCUCACUAAGAAUGACUUUUCUUGUGCGUGUGAACACCAGACUUUCUUGCAGUGGGUCAAGGACCAGAAGCAGCUCCUUGUGGGAGCUGAGCAAAUGGUGUGUACACAACCUUUAGAAAUGCAGGACCUGCCUGUGCUGAGUUUCAGGAACGCCACCUGUCAGAUAAGCGAGGCCGUCAUUAGUGCGUCAGUUCUCACCUUCCUCCUGGUAUCUGUGGCAGGAAUCCUGGUCUAUAAGUUCUAUUUCCACUUGUUGCUUUUUGUGGGCUGCAAAAAAUAUGGCAGAGGUGAAAGCACCUAUGACGCCUUUGUUAUCUACUCCAGCCAGGACGAAGACUGGGUGAGGAAUGAACUGGUAAAGAACUUGGAGGAGGGGGUGCCCCCUUUUCAUCUCUGCCUUCACUACAGAGACUUCAUUCCCGGUGUGGCCAUCGCUGCUAACAUCAUCCAGGAAGGUUUCCACAAAAGUCGGAAGGUUAUUGUCGUGGUGUCCCAGCACUUCAUACAGAGCCGAUGGUGUAUCUUUGAGUAUGAGAUUGCCCAGACCUGGCAGUUUCUGAGGAGUCAUGCCGGCAUCAUCUUCAUCGUCCUGCAGAAGUUGGAGAAGUCCCUGCUGCGGCAGCAGGUGGAGCUGUAUCGCCUUCUCAGCAGGAAUACCUACCUGGAGUGGGAGGACAGCGUCCUGGGGCGGCACAUCUUCUGGAGACGACUCAAGAAAGCCUUGCUGGAUGGUAAACCAUGGAGUCCAGAAGGAACAGAGGAUUCAGAAAGCAACCAGCAUGAUACAACAGCCUUCACUUAAGGAGGGAAAACUCCCAACGUGUCCCUUGGUCAGCUGGAUCCCGUGCUUGUUAACAAGUACUAAAUCCUGCAACAUGCCAAGCACUGUGCCAAGGGCUGGUGAUUCAGUGAUGCCCGAGAUACACAGGACUGCCAGUCUCAUGGAGUUUACAAUUUAGAGGGACUAAACACUGUUCUAAAAUACAGAACUUCCAGGUGGAUGUUUCGACCAAAUCAGCUAAGGCGUCCAGGACAGGGAAAGCCAAUUCAACUCUUAGCGCAUCAAAUUGUAUUAGAACUAAGAUCCUGAGUCUCAGUCAGCUGAGAAAAGGACAGAGUUCUUCUCUGGAGUCUUUUUAGUGGAAACUGCAUCAUGGUACAUGUUUUAACUAUGUUAAAACAAAUUGGUUUGGGUAGUUUCAACUGACCAGGGUCUGGGUUCAUUUUUCCCUUUCCUACUGAACACAGUUUAAAUCAGAAGGCUCCUGAUUCAGCUACCCCUCCUCCACUUUUAAGUCAGUUCAAAAACAUCCCUGGUACUCCAUUAGAUGUUCUAUUUAUUAACUAAUAUAUUCUUUUGUUUUUAUAAAUCCAGUUCUCAUUUUUCAUGUCUCCUCUAUAAACCUGUAUCAUAAGGCUAUUAGAAACAUGCUGGAAAUUUCCAUAAUUAACCACUAUCUUUUGAGAAAAUAUGUAAAAUACACUGUCACUUUGUCACUUGAUGUCAUUCUCAAGUUAUUACCUACUAAGUUAUGACUGUCAUGAAGGUAGCAUUAAAAUAAUUUGGUUGAAAGUGGCACUUCUUGGAAUAAAGGGAGACAAGUCCAA